UCAUCAAGCUGACGAGAGCUCGCGGAAGGGCGUUUCCUUUUUCCAUUGGUUGCGCUGUCCGUUCCGGCCGAAGCAAGCAAGCCACGAUCACGAAACAAUAUCAAUAUAUUUUGUUCUUAUCGUUAUAGCUAUGAUCGUCACUCUUGCAGCCUCGACUGCAGUUGGAGUAGAAUCUGGUGUUGGUUCAGCGCCUGAAGUUGCUGCUUGCGGCCCUGCAUAUCCCACAAGACAAUCAUGUCAUCAGUGGGUUGUUGCAGCGCGAGCAGAAGGUCGAGGUCCGGACGAGUAGCGGAUGAAUCCCUCCCGGCAGAACUCCAAAGAAUGAAGGAAGAUGGAUUGACUGGCCGGACAUCGACUGAGGAUGUCCCGAUCCUAAGCUCAGCCUUGAAGAUUACCAACCACGGGAUCGGAGGAUCCUUGAAAUCCAAAGUCCUGCACAGAGUAUUCUCGGAGGACUAUGAGAGGGCGAAGAAUUACAUCUUUGAUCCAAGGGGCCAAACCAUUCAUAGAUGGAACAGGAUCUUCUUAAUGGCUUGCGUGGUCUCUCUGUUUGUUGACCCGCUUUUCCUUUUCGUGCCCUCGCUCAACGGCAACAAUAUGUGCAUGGAAGACGAUUUUAGGGCCAAGGUCAUCCUAACGACUAUAAGAUCGGUGAUUGAUGCCUUUUAUGCAGCUCAGAUUAUUGUUCGGUUUAAGACGGCUUAUGUUGCACCUUCUUCUCGGGUGUUUGGGAGAGGAGAACUGGUCAUAGACUCAAAAAAGAUUGCGUUGAGAUACUUGUCUAGAGGCUUCUUCAUUGACUUUUUUGCAGCUAUUCCUCUUCCUCAGGUGUUAGUUUGGGCUAUAAUUCCUAAUCUUGGGGGUUCAGUCACGAUACAAACGAAAAACGUGCUCCUCUUCAUCAUCUUCAUCCAGCAUGUGCCGAGGAUUUUUCUUUUACUGCCACUGCGGUUGGAAAUUAUUAAUGCUAGCGGUGCGCUAACAGAGAAAGCAUGGGCCGGGGCUGCAUACAACUUGUUGAUCUACAUGUUGUACGCGCAUGUUGCAGGAGCUUGCUGGUACCUCACUUUUGUUCAGAGACUAGAGUUUUGCUGGGGAGUCAUUUGUGAACAAGAACCUUUGUGCCGGUACGAUUUCUUCGACUGUCACCAUGUUCACAACCCCGGUAGGUCCAGCUGGCUGGGUUCAACCAAUGCGACAACUCUGUGUGAGCCAAGUAGCGCUAAUACCCCUGUUCAAUGGGGUGUAUACAAUACUUCUCUGGGCAGCACAUUCGCGAGCUGCGAGUUCUUCAGCAAGUACUUCUUCGGUUACUGGUGGGGUCUGAACAACUUGAGUGAUAUAGGGCAGAACCUUACUCCGAGCACUUACGUCGGUGAACUACUCUUUGUAAACAUCUUGGCCGCUCACGGACUACUUUUGUUUGCACUCCUCAUUGGUAAUAUGCAACGAUACCUCCACUCGACGACCAUUCGGAUAGACCAAUGGAUGAUCCAGAGGACAGAUACAGAGCAAUGGAUGCAUCAUAGACAUCUACCGCCAAAGCUGAGACAAUCUGUUCGAAUGUAUGACCAGUAUAAGUGGGCAGCAACGCGAGGUGUCGAUGAAGAAGCCCUUCUCAGAGACCUUCCAAUGGACCUACAUAGAGAGAUCAAGCGGCAUCUUUGCUUUGACCUAGUUCGACGUGUGCCGCUAUUCAAUCAAAUGGAUGAGAGGACCCUGGAUGCAAUAUGCGAGAGGCUGAAAUCUGUCUUGUGCACGCAAAACAUGUACUUAGUACGUGAAGGCGAUCUAACUGAAGAUAUGUUCUUCAUAAUCCGGGGCCACCUCGAAUCCUGGACAACCAACGACAGCCGCACGGGAUUCUUCAACUCGGUUCAACUGGGCCCCGGCGACUUCUGUGGUGAAGAACUGCUAACAUGGGCCCUGGACCCGAGUCAAGGCGUGAUCUUGCCCACAUCCACGCGCACAGUCAAGGCGCUGAAAGAAGUGGAAGCAUUCUCUCUCGCGGCCAAUGACUUAAAGUUCGUGGCAUUGCAAUUUAGAAGGCUACACAGCAAAGAACUGAGGCACAAGUUCAGGUUCUACUCACACCAGUGGCGCACAUGGGCUGCGUGCUUCAUUCAAUCUGAGUGGCGCCGUAAUAAGAAGUUGAAGGAGGAGGCUAAGCUGAGAGACAGCAAGGAUGUCACGGCAGGUAAAUCAACUUCUUCAAGGUCGUUCUGGGACAGGUACGCAGGGGAGCUGAUAGAGAUCACCCAAAGGGAUGAGAAUAAUCCAUUGGAGCCGGCUUCUGAUGCUGUGAACAUGGUACAAAAGCCAGUGGGCCUGGAUUUUCUGUAGAUUAUCAAGACGCGCAGCGAAGCCUUGCACUUUCUGCGUCUCUUGAUCAGAGAACUGAGGUGUGCUUCAAUUUUAGUGUAUUGGUAUAUGAUUAUAGGGAUGCUUGUUACUGAUCUGGAACAACAUUAUGGACUAUAUUAGACCAGCAAGAGUCCAAACUAGAAGAGUUCCAACAUGGAACAACAAUCCACGGUAGACCAACUUUAUUGUUCCUGAUUGGUGUUGGAAAAAUGUGGCUUCGAAUUGGGUUGAACAAUAAAGUCGGAUCGAGUAAUCAAGUCAGACUUUGAGGCGUAA